AUGUCAUCUGACAACUUAGCAAUAGAUAUAUACAAGCCGUCAGCCCCAGUAGAAGAAACUGUAGAAGUAAAAGAUCGUCCUACAAGACGAAGCGUAGUAGAUACUAAGCGUACAACCCAAAAAGUAUAUCCCAGUUUAGAAAACGAGCAGAAGAGUGAAAUAGCAGAAGUUCGUAUUGUACCUUUUCAAAAAAGAACUAGAAGCGCUGAAAGUAGCCCAAGGGACAGCGACGAGGAGAAACAAUUAACGAAAUAUCAUUCUACAGAGAAUCUACCCAGUAAAAAGAGAAAUAAGCUAGUAGAGGAGAGGGAUAUUCUAAAAACUGCACUAAUAGAGAUUCAUCAAACAAUUAAUCAGUAUAAAUUAGAACUAGAAGCAGCUAAAGAUAAAGCAACAACCAAACAGCUAAAAACACGCCUAAAAGAUAAAGACUUAGAGUAUAAAUUAAUUUCGGAAAAACUAAUCGCGGCUGAAACAAAAAUACAAGAUCUUGAAAAUCAAGGUUUAGCCUUACUACAGACAGCUACUAUCCAGCAACAAAGCAUCGAAUAUCAAGCAACCAGCUUAACCCAACAGUUAGAGCAAACGCAAGGAGAAAAAACCAACCUAAUAACCACCCUAGUAAAAAAGACCCAGGACGUUCAAAUCUUAGAAUCAACCAUAAGAAAAGUAGAAACCGAACACACAUCAGUUAAAACCAAGUUAAUUAAGGACAAGAAAAAGCUUCAACAGGAAUUAGAGAAAUUGAAAGAAAGGGAAAGCCAACUACUUGGAGAAGGAACAACCUUAUUGAAUAAAUACAGUAACAUCCAAAUAGAAUUCGAGAAACUACAAUUAAGUUACAAAGCUCUUGAAACAAAAAGCAUUGAUCAGGAAAAAGAAAUUCACGCAUUACAGGUAGAACAUAAGAAAUUAAUAGUACAUAUAACAGAUAAGAAUCAGGAAAUUUCGCAUCUAAACGAUACAAUACAAACCAAACAGGCAGAGUUGGAAUUUCUAAGACAGGAACAAAUUGACCAGACAAGCAAAAUUGUUAACCUACAAACAGAAAACAAUCAACUUAAGCACAAUUUGAACAUUAGCCAGAUUAACGAAACAACCUUACACGAUAAGCAAACUAAGCAAACAAUAGAAAUAUCAACGUUACAAACGGCUAAUCAGUCGUUAGAAGAAAAGUUUAAAAGGCUACAACAAACAAUCGCGAGUGCCGCAAGCACAAACGAGUUGGAGAUAGCACAACACACCCUGGCCAUACAGAAUAGGAAAAUCGUGUCAUUGGAAAACGAAUUAACGGAACUAGGACAAGCACUCCAGUUAGCGAAACAGGCAGCGGAGCGAGCAGCUAAACUAGAUACCGAAAACAAUUAUCUUAAAGGAAGCAUAGAACAACUAAAUAAAAACAACCUGACACUCUUAGAACAACUAGCACAACCGGCUAUCGAAACCGAUACAACUAACGAAACACCAAGAAUGACAGCAAACGAUGAUAUACGAGCAUUAGCAGUAGCCAUUACACGUAGAGACGAAACACAGAACAUUCCUAUUUAUAGUGGCAAUGUGAACGACCAACCGAUAGGAGUAUGGUUAAGAGAUGCGGAGGCAAUAGCAACGAUUCACGAAUGGCCGAGGGAAUCCACCAAAAAGAUUUUAGCCACAAGGUUAAAGGGGACAGCAUUGCAAUGGCAUAUCGAUAGACUACGGGUAGCACCGAGAGAAUCGUAUAGCGAUUGGCGGAAUGCAUUAAAGGAACAUUUCAAACAUCCCGCGGAUAAAGCCAAACAGAAAUCGAAACUACUGUCAGUAAAACAAUCACCUAACCAACCCGUUAGACAUUUUAUUGAUAAAAUAACACAGGCAUAUAGUGCGAUUUACAAGGAAGGCGAUGAGGAACAAGCAGAAAGCGCUGAACUAACAGCUCUUAAAGAUGAUACACUAAUCAAAAUGUUACUAGAUGGAUUGCUGCCAACCAUCAAGACAAUUCUAUUCCAUAAUAAAUACCCUAGCACCCCAAACUGGCAAAAUUUCAAACAAGCAGCGUUAGAGUCAGAAGAAAUCGCCUACAACACACAGGCACUAGAACUAAAACCGAUAUUCAAAUUUGAAGUACCGAAACCGACUAGAGAUAUAGAAGCUGAAUUAACUCAAACAAAACUGGAAUUAGAAGAGUUAAAAAACAACCUAACGAAAUUAAAUCUGUCAGGUACAGCGUCGAAAUCGGGACAAGAUUGGUCCGUAAACAAUAUUGACACCUAUAAGCAAGGUAGGGAUUCGUCAAGAUAUAAUAACGUUAAAUGGGAAGAUCGACAGCGAUCUAGGGAUAAUUCGUAUAGUAGAGACCGUAGAGAUCACUCUUACAACCGUAACAGAUCGUACGACAGGAACCGGUCCGAGUCGCGUGAACGGUCAUACGGUAAAGAACGAUACCAGGACAAGAGGUAUCAGAAUAGGGAGAGACUCGAUUCUCGGACAAGGCGUUACGACGAGCGUCCAAGAUCCAAGAGCCCUCACCCAUCGGCAGAGCUAGCGAGAAAACAAAGAUUAAGUGGUAAUAACAGAGAAAACACUAUUACUUGUCAUAGAUGUCUCAACACAGGACAUAUAGCGAAAGAUUGUCGGACCAAAAAUCCGAGAAGGUUCCAAUCAAAAACAGAAUAG